UACCGGGAAUUAGUUGGUUCGGCAAUUUUUUAAACAUUGUUUCGAAGUCUAGAUUUACUUAAUCUUGAACUUGAAACUUUUCGAGUCAGAAUGCGGCGAAUAAACCAUGUCCUUUCUUUCCUCGUGGGAAUAUUGAUCACGCAAAUGCCACCAAUCGCUCAGGCUGGAACGGAUUUUGUAUGGGACCUAGACGGCCGCCCUCUCCGAACCAGUAGCCAGUACUACAUACUACCGGCUCCCAAUCAGAAGAUAGGUAGCGGUUUGAUCCUCGAGGGCCGCAACGGUUCUUGCCCCUUUAAUGUGGCCGUAAGCACCCGUGUCUCUCCCGGUUUACCGAUCAUCUUUUCACCAGCUGGAGCCAGUGAUAAGGUUAUACGGCUCUCAGCUGAUCAAAACAUCCGAUUGUUUCAAGCUGUCACAAUUUGUGUCCAGUCAACCGUUUGGAGGCUCGGCGGCUUAGACGAGGCAACCGACAAACGAUUCGUGACGACUGGUGGCGUGACCGGGAAUCCCGGUUCGUCGACCGUGAGUAACUGGUUUAAGGUAGAGAGAGAAAGUGAAGGGGUUGAUAAUGGGAGGUACAAAUUGGUGUUUUGCCCUGGGGUUUGUAGCUUUUGUAAGGUCAUUUGUGGGAAUUUGGGUGUUUAUAACGUGAAUGGGAGGAACUGGCUCGCUCUUGGGGAUCCAGCAUUGAGUAUUGUGUUCAAGGAGAUCUGAGUGCUCCCUCUCUCUCUCUAGAAGGAGGCCCUAUCUGUUUUCUCCUAGAGUGGUAAAGCACAGAUCCACUGUCUUUUAUCAUUUACAUAAGAUGUAUUCUCUCUCCUUAAUAAUUUUUUAAGUAGGGAUCUUCACUCUCUUUUUAUAAUAAACAUAUGGUAAAGUAUUUUGCAG